AUGAAUGAUAACAUAGAUAAAUUAAUAACCACUUUAAUUUCUGAGACAAAUAACACAUUUGAGGGUACUGGUAUAAACAAUGAGAAUAAUGCUGAAGACAAAAAUCUUCAAUUUACGGAAAAUGAGGAAAAAAAACUUUUAGAUGACGAUAUACUAAAAACAUUAGGGAAAAAUAAAUUUUUUAAAUAUACAGAAUAUUCGUUAUCUAGCUUAUAUAUAUCAGGAAAUAAUAUGCCAAUAAAUGAUGAUCCUAAUUUUCAAAAAUUAUUAAAUGUUAUGACAAAAGCCAGCGAUGUUAAUAAUAAAUUCAAAUGGGUCGAUUCUUAUUUUAAACAUACUGUACGAGAGGAUGAAAAUAUAUUAAAUCCCCAAUCACAAAAUCAAGAUUAUAUUUUUAGAGAAUAUAUAGAACCAAAUCAUUUUAAAAAAUUAUCAUUGUUAAGAAAAUAUGAACAAGGAGCUAUUUUAAAAUCAUCUGAAAAAAAUAAAGUAAAUGUAAGAAUAGUGUCAGAAUUUAUUGUUCAUGAUACUUAUUCUACAAUAAUUAAAUCUAUUGGUUAUCACCUUAGUCAUAAACUUUUUACAGAAGCUCAAAUUUUUCAUAAUAAAUAUGGAAAUAGUAAUCACAUUGUUAUUUUGGUUCUAAGACAUUAUAAGGAUCCAAAUUUUAGUAUUCCUUUGUAUAAUGACAGAGUGCUAGUGCAAAUUAAAUCAUAUUUAAGUGAUAAUAAAUAUUCAGAUAUCACUCAAAAAAAUUUAUUAAAUUAUGCAAAAAUAUUUAAUCCUUAUAUUUUGCUAAGAAAAGUAGAUUAUUCCUUUGUUGAGCAGAUUAAAGACAAAAUGUCUUAUGCAAUUUAG